AUGAGUUCUAAGCAGGAAGAGCCAAACCACGGUAUUUUCAAUAUAGAAAUCAUUAGUUCGCAAGUCAUCAAGGCAAAAGAAAAUGACAGAGAACUUUAAGGAAAUGCUAUAAGAAAUCAAAGAAUAAAAACCAUCAAGCAAGAAAUCAGAUUAAAAGUAGGAGAAGUAUUAACAAAAGAAAAUAUAAGAAUAAAAGAAAGGCAUGUCAUACAAUCAUAUUUUAGUGUAUGAAUAUGGGUUCACGACUGAUUGGGUAGACUGCAUCUAUCCACAUGAUAAUGGAUAAACUUUUGAUCUCUAAAUUCAAUUCUGUGUUUUAAAACCCAAAAAACCAGCUUUAAAAAAAUAAAAAAACGAAUAAACAGAAGAAGGCGUAUCCCUUAUGAAUUAAAUUAGAUUAUGUCAUUGAUCCAAAACUUAUUGACUAAUCUUAGUUAGAAUCCAGAAUAAAUACAAAGAUAAAAUGAUUCCUAAAUACAGAGGGUUUAGACAACAAAUGAAGGGAUAAUUGUCUAUCAUCCGUAUUUCAAGAAAAGUAAAAUAUCAAUUCAUUUUAUAAGUUGAGUAUCAAAGCAAGAAACCUCAAUAGACUGAUAGGAUUGAGACAACUCCUGAGUUGGAAAUGUUGCAGUAAAAGUUCGAAUCCAUCAAAAAGUCUUUUAGACCCCUAAUACUCAUUUGA